UAAACCCGAGUGAUUGCAUAACCAGCGUUAGGCAAUGGCGGACCUGCAUUUUCUCGCUCUAGAGGAGAAGAAACCAAGGCCGCAAGAUCUAUAGACAAGAUUCGAUCGAACGGUUAUAAGUGAAGCUUAACUCUGCACCAAGAAUACCACAAUCAUAAGAGAAGACCAGCAUUUGUAGAUCCUAAAUUUUCCCUGCAAUAAAACAGAAAACAGAGAAAAAAGGAAGCCAUAAGAGCAAAUGGGUGAGGAAGAGAAGAAACCAGAGGAGAAGAAACCAGAGGAGAAGAAACCGGAGGAGAAGAAAGCAGAGGAGAAGAAGGCAGAGGAGAAGAAAGAAGGAGAAAAGGAGGAAAAGAAGGAAGGGAAAAAAGAAGGAGAAGCAAAGAAAGAAGAGGAGAAGGCUAAGGAAACGGUCUCGGAUGAGAUCAUUUUGAAAGUUUACAUGCAUUGCGAAGGGUGCGCAAGGAAAGUGAGGCGCUCGCUUAAAGGAUUUGAAGGGGUUGAAGCGGUGCAGACCGAUACAAAGACUCAUAAGGUGGUGGUGAAGGGGAAGAAGGCAGACCCAUUGAAGGUUUGUGAGAGAGUUCAAAGGAAAAGUGGGAGAAAAGUUGAGCUCAUCUCUCCAAUACCAAAGCCUGAAGAGCCUAAGAAGCCUGAUGAGAAAGAGGUAGCAAAACCAGUAGAAGUGAAGAAAGAAGAGCCUGUUGUGAUAUUAGUGGUAUUAAAGGUGCACAUGCACUGUGAAGCUUGUGCUCAGGAGAUAAGGAAGAGGAUAAUGAAGAUGAAAGGGAUAGAAUUGGCCGAUCCAGACCUCAAGAGCCAACAAGUUAUAGUAAAAGGAGUAUUCGACCCUCCGAAACUCGUGGAAUACGUGUACAAACGCACCGGUAAACAUGCGGUCAUUGUCAAGCAAGAUCCAGCUCCCGCAAAGAAAGAAGAAAACACAGAGAAAGAUCAGAAAAAGGAAGAACCAGAGAAGAAAGAACCAGAAAAGAAAGAGGAGAAAAAGGAAGAGAAAGUAGUGGAAGAAGAAACUGUAGCUGAAAUCAAGAAAAACGAGGUAUUUUACCCGCAAUAUACGAUCGAAUAUGUACAUGCUCCCCAGAUAUUCAGCGAUGAAAACCCUAAUGCUUGCUCCAUUAUGUAAUGGGAGAAAAAGGGGAGAAAGUUGCAGAGCUAGGAAACUCUAGUAUGGAGAAAAGUUGCAGUGUAUGGAACCGUAUAUGGAUCGUAUAUGAACGUAUAAGCCUACGAAGGAAAUGUAGAUUUUUGUGCAUAAGGCACAUGAGUGUA